CAGUGUCAGAAAUCAAAAUAGUGUUUUAUUUGAGGUUGUUUUAGUGUCAAAAUUAGAUAUUCUAAAAUUACGAUAAAUUAAGCAAUUAUAUUGUUACAAUUAAGUAGUUCUUACGAUAUUGAGUCAAUAUCAAUUAUCUGUGUUAUUGAAAUACAAAAUGGUAUUUCUGUCUGUAACUAAUUUACUUCGCGUUCGUGGACCUGAUGAAAUUUGGAGAAAAAGAAGAAUAUUCAGAUUGGCUGCUGCUUUUAUCGGGCGUCGAAGAAAUUGUUAUUCUGUUGCCGUGCGUAAUGUUCAUCGUGCUUUGGUCUAUGCUACAAAAGCACGUAAAUUAAAGAAAGAAGAUAUGAAAGAAUUGUGGAAUACUCGUAUAACUGCUGCUUGUGAGCAGCACAAUAUAAGCGCCUUUGCUUUAAAAGAAGGUUUAGAUCGCUCAAAUAUUAUGCUGGAUCGUAAAUCGUUGUCAGACUUAGCAGCAUGGGAACCACGCACAUUUGAAUGUCUUGCUGCAGUAGCACAAAAGAAGUUGGAACUCGAUGGAUUUAUAGACGGAGCAGACAAAAAACAUCCUACUGGAGUUAAUUUAAAUCUUAAGGAUGUAAUGUUAGAAACUUGGUUAAAAGAAAAGAAGUAGCUUUUAUUGUGUUUGUUUAUAUUUUUAAGGUAGUGAAAUAAAUAU